AAAAUAGAAAAAGAAAUAAUAUUGGUUAUAGAAAUAGUGGUACAAUUAGUUCAAAAAAGAAAACUGAGAAAACUGAAGGCAGAUCAUCAUUAUGGUCACAUGAAGAAUUACAAAAUGCUAAAUUUAGUUAUGAUUUUGAGAAUAAAUGCAUGGUUAAAGGUGAUACAUUUGAGUGUAAAGUUGGAUUAUAUUUGAAAAGAAAUGGAUUGAAUCCAAAAAUAAUUAAAAAUUACAUAAUUACUGGUAGACGAUUAUUAAUGAAAGAUAAUGAAAAAUGUUUACGGUCAGGAAAUAUAGUUUUGUUAGAUGAUGGUUCUGUGAGUGAAUUGGAAAUUAUUAAUACGGGAAAAUAUACUAUAAUUGGAGAUGAUGGUACAGAUAUUUGGUGUAGAUGGCAAGGUAUUCCUUUAUUAGUACAAUGUAAAUUUCGAUCUGUUUGUGAUGAUUGCAAAGUGAAAAAUAAAAAAUGUAGUCACGGAUAUUGGAAAAAGGAUAUGAUUAAUGAUGUUAAGAAAUUUGAUGAUAAAUUAUCCGAAUAUAAAGUAGAUGUAUUUGGUAUAUUCGUGAUUAGUGAAGGAAUAACAAUUUAUGAAGAAAUUAAUAAUAUGAGAUUUAAUAAUAUUUUAAAAGUUGUAAAUUUUUUAAAUGAAACAAAUAGGAAAAAGGAAAAAAAUGGGUUGAAUAAUGAAAUUGAUGUAUUGGGUAAAAAAUUAUUAGAUAAAAGACAAAAUAUGGAUUGGAGUAUAAGUCUCGAAGAUAAAAAACGUGUAGAAUUAGAAGUUGCUUAUAGAAGUAUAGAGGCAAUGGUUAAUGAUAAAUUGUUAUUAGUUACAAAUUCAUAUUUUAGGAAUUUGGAAAAAAUACUUUGUUAUGUUAGAAAA